UUCACCGCCUGUUAUAAUAAUUAUUACCAUUGCAAUUUGAAAAAAUAUAAUGUGAUAAAUUAUUGUUAAAAUUCUAAUUAUUUAUGGCCAGUUAGUUCUAUUAUACGUUAAGCCAGAAAUGUUAAUUUUGUGCCAUCAACAAAUGUGAUAUUACAGAUCUAUUUAACGAAGCCAAUCAAAAUGAGGUUCAACAAACAAGAAUUGGUGACCCUAGCGAUGCAACCUUCUACAAAAUUCGAAAAAGAAGGCAUCUUGUACAUCAAAGAAAGACAAGAGGGAUUUUUUCGAAAAUCAGAAAGAGGCAAGAAGGGCAAACUGGAAAAACACGAAAAAAGACUUCGAAACUUGAGUUGUGUGGGGGGAAUAACUAAAGUCAACCUAGAAAGGUGGUGCAGGCUAAGAGGAAACCUAUUAUUUUACUUCAAAAGCAAAGACCCUUGGUCAGAACCUCUUGGCGUAGUGGUACUGGAACAAUGCCAAGUAAGAAUCGAUCCUCCCAUGGCAUCGCCCCCUUUAGCAAACGACGGACAUUAUCCAUUUUAUUUAGUGUUUGACGGUGGUCUGUGCCAAGCUCUAGCCUCUACAUCAGAAUACGAACGUUCCGGCUGGAUGGAAGCGAUCAGAAACGCCAGCUACGAAGGGAUCAGAGCCGAAUUGAACGCACUGAGGCAGUGUAUCGAACGGAGGCGCAAUCUCAAGCCAAACGUCGACCUGCAAACUUGGAGAUUACAACAAAAUCACACUUUAGAUAUUGCUGAACUUCCAAUGUAUGAAAUGUCGAUGGCCUGCGAUAAUCUUCUUUGUGAUGGACAUGGGAGACCACCAAAUCCUACCCUAGUAGUGGAUGCUUAUAUGCCGUUGCAAAAAACUUGGGUAGAAUAUGGUCGGACUGAAAUAAUUGAGAAAAGCAGCAACCCUCAAUUUUUAAGCACAAUUAGUUUUCGGUCUUCUGACGGUCUCACAGGAGAUUCACGCUUGCGCUUUACCAUAUUCGAUGUGCAGGAAAGAGUGUCUCAUACAGCUGUACCUUUAGGUUCGUCUUGUGUCCUUUUGAGUGCUAUACAAGAUUCUACCAGAUUAAGGAUACCAUUAUUGUCGCGGCAAAAUACUACAGCGGGAUUUUUGACUUUGUGCGCUUGGUCACUGGAGGCUGAAGAUAAAGGUAGUUCUACUGAACAUACACCAGCUAGGUUGCCCAGUGUCAAUGCUAACCACGCUCAACAGAUUUGGUCGCAUAGAAGAUCGCAAUCCCUUCCUCCACGCCUAGGCGUCAAAAUGCGUCUUCCCAGCCAAUCAGACUUGAAACUCCUAUUUUCCUCACCGCACUUACAAACCUACAGAUUCCACUCUGGACUAGGAGGAGAUAUUUCAGUACAUGAAUACAUGGCCGAAAGCAAGCUGUGCUUCAGUUUCCCCCAUCAAAUGCUUGACGUAUGGAUUCAGCAAGAAAAAGAGCUCCUGCAAGAAGUUGCCGGAAUGGGUGAACUCAGAGAACCUUGGCACUCGAGACAAGUCGAAUUACUAGACCGUCAUUUGCACUUAUUAAGAUUAUACUCACAAGCUCGUGAAAACCUACAAGCUCAUAAAGGACCUUAUUUCAAAAAAAGCUCCCGCAAAACUGACAGAAGUUUAGAGUUUGUACCAAUCAACAUGCACUUGCAAAGGAUGUGGGUGCACAACGACACCUUGAACAAAUCCGGGUUUUACGAUUGGGUUACAGUAGGCGCAUUCACAGCUCACAGUCACCGAUCCAAAAAUGGAGGUCUAAUACGGCUAGUGCAAAUGCUUAAAGAAUCGCCCAUGAAAUCUUACACCAACUAUCAAGUAGCCACAAAAAUAUCUAUGGCUAAUGAUGCUAUACAAGCAAUUAAGCAGCUACGCAAAGAAGUUGUGGAAGCUAUGAAAACUCUAAUGCGAUUGGCCAAGGAAAAACAAACAAACGGAAUGCUACCAAUUUGCGAAGACAUGAUAAAUAAAACCAGAAUUUUGUUAAGCUUAUGGGAUCCAGGUUUGGUUGAAGAAGCUUUAAAUUUCAUUGAAGAGCACAAAUUAGUUCAAACUGAUGACUCAGGUGUAAGUGACGAUAUUAGUUUCGAUAGUAUUAGUAAUCGUCCAAGCUUAGUGCUAUCUCCUUUUAAACGAAUCACUCAACAAUUGACAUUGGAUCUGAAAAGUCCUGAACUAGAAGACUUUGCUACACCUUGCGUCAGCAAAACUGUUGAAGACUUAUGGAAGGUGCCCCCAAAUGAAAAAAACAAUUUAUUAAACACUAGUGAUGGCUUGAAGAGUUUAUGUUCAAACAUGAAAACGCCCGAUGAGACAAACUUUGUACUGUUUCCUGAUGUUGAAGACAGUAAUUUGGAAACUUCAUUGGAUAGUGGCCAACCAGAUAGUUUUACCAAUGGAGAAACUCAAGAUCAAGGCACCCGCCUAUUUCUGGAUACAACUGCAAUGUGCAACUCACCUUCAGCCAAUUAUUAUAAACCCACAGAUGAACCUGAACCUUGGGAUAUUACUCAGCUAAAUAUUGAAGCUAGUGUUAUGUGUUUAGUUAGUAAAGUUAAGUUUUUGUGUGGAAGAUGCGGUAGCCCAGCAGUAAGACUCAAACAACAGCCAAUCGGUAAAAGAAAAGUUGUUUCAACGCCAAAUAUGAUUGUCGACGAUUCUAGCAAAACUGUCAAUAAGGUAACAAUGAGAAACGGCAAUAAAUUCACUGAUGGUUUGGAUCUUACAAAGAUCCAGGAUUGGGCAGCCGAGCUCAGACCGAGCAUGCGCAAACUGCGGCAGGCCAUGGACGGUUUGCUGAAAACGGCUCGGCUCACUCAUUCGGUGUUUCGGGUGCAAGAAGACCCCAAGGCCGCUCAGAGGGUUUGCAAUGUCCGGUAUAGGAGGGAUGUUUGUUUUUCUCAAGCGCUGACUUCAUUGGUCACUGGCCUGAUGACCCGUCUCUGGUGCCACAAACCAGACCCGGCCUACGUCACCACCUUGAGCCAAUUGGGACCUUUAGCACAUUUCGAAGGCCUUCUCAGCUAUUACGGCAACGAAAUCGACAUGUGGGGCGACAUGUCUGUAGCCAUCGAAGACCUGCGCACUGUACUUUUUGUAUUGGUGCGUAGUCCUAGUCCUGCUGCUGAACCUGUACCUACACCAAAGGUUUCAGGCACAAGAAACAGUUUAACCGUGUCCCUUCCAGUACCUGAUAAUUUGUACAGCUUGUUACCUUCGAGGCAGUCUUUUAGUUUCCAUGUUACGCCAGUAUUUUUUAAUAUAGGAAUCAACGAGAUGGCUUCAAUAGCUGAAAGUAUAGGAGCUACAAAGCCCCAAGAACGUGCCAACAUUGACAAUUUCGACAGGGUGUACGAGUACUUUUUGCGCUACAGAAAAAUCAAUUUUCAGUGCGACAAUUCUAGACAGUCGGCUGGUGGAUCGAGUGCGCGUCCCUUGUCUGAAUUGUUGGAACAAUUAAGAGUAGAGGUGCAUAGUGGCAAACAAAAAAACGUCGAAGUUUUAAGAUUGUCUGCACAGAUUUGUAGACAAAUGAAGGGUAUCAGAUUUACCAGUUGUAAGAGCGCCAAAGAUAGAACAGGAAUGUCGAUUACCUUAGAACAGUGUAGGAUAUUAGGUGAAGAUUACCAUUUGGCUGAACACGAGUUUCAGAAGGCUUUAGAUUGCAUGAGAAGUGAGGGUUGCAGAAGAGAAAAUACAAUGAAAAAUAUUGGAUCUAGAAAAUACGCUUUCAACUCGAUGCAAUUAUUAGCUUUUCCCAAGCACUACAAACCACCUCCAGGCACUUACGGUUCAGCUCAAAGUUAAGCAAUUUUAGUGACGAUUUUUUUUUUCUGCAGGUGCCAAUUGACUUAUUAUUGGAGUGAGGACCUUAGUCGUGCUGUUGAUAUAUACCAGGUUGUUAUAUUUUAAACAUGUAGUUAUUUAUUUUGUCUUGUGUAAAUUUAUUAGGACAAUCUCUUAUACACGUUGAAUGCGAGUAAAGAAUUAUUUUAUUUGAUUUUGUCGUUGUUUUUCUUAAGGGAUAAAAUACACAAGCCUUCCUUUCUUCCAAACAUUUUAAUAGUAGUAAUUUUUAUACACAAUCUUAAGACGUACAACUAUUUAUAUAUUAUUUUAGUCAUAUCACUGUCUAAAGUCUCUAUAAAAACAAAAUCGAACUCUUAAUCGGUAAGAUAAAAUAUGUAACUGAAAGACCUUCAGGUGAAAAUCAAAAAAAAGAACGGUGCUUUGUACAAACCCCCCUUGAGACAAAUCGUUAUUAUAAGGUCUUCUUUUGGGGAAUUGCACUUGAAGUAAAAACAGUAUGACCUUAGUAGAACAAGAAAAAAAAACUGAACAAACCUCAAAGAGUAAAAACAUAAGAGACUUGUGAAAACAUAAAAGCUAGAUUAAAGCAUUGAUUUUUUUAUCGCACGGAUUCUAGACAAUAACUAGUUUUAAUUUUUUUUUUUUGUUGAAAAAUCUCAUUUGUAAAUUACCUGUUGAUAAUAAUAAACACCGAUUGAAGCAAGAAUAAAGGCCGAUUUACACGUAUCUAGUAGCUUGCAUGUCAAUUCUUAGCGCUAGACCCGAGUCUAGUAAAUGGUGAGUUUUCACUGUGGUAUCCUAUUGGCAAGAAAAAUACACACUCUUUAUUUGCUGGCACGAGUCAAGUGUUCACACAUUGCUAGAACUGGAACGCCAAUGAAACUGGUGCUAGCUACUUGAUAUAUGUAAACCGAAUCUCUUCUAUUUAAAUUCUAAUAAAUACAUACCGGCAAAAUUUACACUAAGUUUGACAUCAAUUUUCUCUUGAACCCUUCGCUCGAUGUCGAUGAAUUUUUCUCAGAUUACAAGGAAAGAAAGUCAGUAAUUUUCAGAGUUUUUUGAGACACCCUGUAGAGAGAACCACUGGAAAUCCAGAACAGUUUCCAACACCAAAUUGUAGCCUGAUCUUUUCCGAAUAUUUUCAUUUUUUAUUCACUCUGAUAUUUCAAUGAAUACUGCUUUCAGUUUCACUUCUUAUUGAUCACUUUAUUGUGAAAAGAAUGCUCACAAAUAUACAGGGGAUCACAAAGUCCCUUUCAUGAUUUCCAUUUGAUGGAAUGUUAUUUAUCUAAAUAACUCUCCCUUCACACUUGAACCAGGGUUAGGAGUUCUCCAAUUUAUCCUUCAACAGCUCUCGUCACAUCGGUAAGAUAUUGACGAAUUAAAUUUCAUUUGAAAAAUUACGUUUACGAAUACAAUUUUGUUCUGAACGGUAGCUAAUCAACGCUAAAGCAUCAGCUACUGACUGUCAUUUUGAAUAAAAAAUGAAAAUGUUCGGAAAAGAUUAGGCUACAAUUUAGUGUUGAAAACUGUUCUGAAUUUCUAGUGGUUCACUCCACAGAGUAUUUCAAAAAACUCUAAAAAUUACUGACUUUCUUUCCAUCCUUGUAUGUGAUAUAAAGACGAAUCAUUUAAUAACGGCAAUACGUCAGAUGUAUUCCUGAAGAAUUAAGCUACAAUCUGAGAAAAAUUCAUAGAAAUGGAGUGGAGCCUAAUUUGCCAGUGUGCAGAGGGUUCAAUUAAUGUCAAACAAACCCUUAAUUUUGCCGGUGUAUGUAGAAAUCGACAUAUUUGAUACAUGUAAAUUGGUCUUUACCAUCUUUCAGAAACUAAAAUCUUAUAAUUAAUAUUUCCUCUUUAUUGUGUAUGUACCAGCAAUUAAAAUGUUUCUCCUCCUUCGCUUACUGUACAUACAGGGUAUACUAAAUUCCAUGUUUCACUAAUGGUAUGUGAGAUAUACAAAAGAUGCCCUUUUAAAUGAAUACUUACUACUUAAUUAGUCUGUGAAGAAUCAAUUAGAAAACUUCUUAAAAGAAACUUUAGUUAGUUCAAAGGGCAUAAACUCAAAAUCCAAAGGACCAUGCACGGAUCUUAUGAGAAAAAAUAAAUUGGACCUCCUGAACGUAAGUUCUUGUAAGCCCAAAAAGAUCCUAUGAUUAGUUUCGGAGAUACAGGGGGUUAACAUACAAAAUUAUGACAAAAAAUUAACAUUUUUUAAAUAUGACCGACAUAAAAUGGCGGAUCCAACGGUAAAAUGGACCCCGCAAAAUUUAAACGCAAAUUGUAUUUGGAUGAAAUUUAAAUAUGUUAUUAAAAAUGCUGUAAGCAACAUUUUUUACCAUGGGCGCAACCUUGUAAAUAUGACAGGUGAGGCGGUAUCAGUUGUCAAAUAUUGGAAUCUAAUAUCACUUAAUAUACAGGGUAAGGGCGAGUUCUCAUGAUAAUUUGGUGUAAUUUGAUUGUUGAAAUCUCCAGCAUGACGAAUAUUUUACCAAUAAAAUUCAAUUAUUUUAUCACGUGAUUACGCCAGAAAUGUCAACUUACGCUCAUGAGAACUCGCCCUGACUAUGGCAGAUUUCGAUGAAGCAAAUAUCAAUUCCUAAUAAGUCGACCAAGGAAUAUCGAAAAAUGUCAAUCAUUUUUGACAUCUGUCAAAACCCUGCCAAACGGGAGCACUAUUUUUUUUGCAGUUUUCAAUAUUUCAUGAUGUGUCAUUUGACAGUUUCAACCUUUGUAAGUUCUGAGUUCAAAAAUUAAAAAAAAAAAAAAUACAGAACUGUCAAAACCUGUCACUUGUUUUAGUAAAAAAAGGAUUCCAAUUUAGCUCUUUUUUGUUUGACGCUAUUUUAUUGGUGAUAAGACAUUAAACAAGGCUCAUAGACAUCAAAUUUUGACAGCUGUCAGAAUCUGACAUUAGCUUUAAUUGAAAAAAAAAACUGAACUCUAGUUCUGUUCCAAUUAUUUAAGUAAUGCUUAUUUAUUAUGAAGCAUAAGAAAAAUUUAUACACAGGUUUCAGAUUUUAACAGCUGUCAAAAUUUGAUGUCGAUGAGCUUUGUUUGAUGUCUUGUUACCAAUAAACUACCUUAAAACAAGAAAGAACCAGAUAUGAAUCUUUUUUCCUACUAAAAUAAAUGACAGUUCUGUAAUUUUUUUUUCCAAUUUUUAACUCAGAAUUUACAUAAGCUAAAACUGUCAAAUGACACAUCAUGAAAUAUUGAAAAACAUGAGUGCUGCCGUUUGGCAGAGUUUUGACAGAUUUCAAAAUGGUUGACAUUUUUCGAUUCACCUUGGUCGACUUAGUAGGAAUGACAGCCGAUACCGUCUCACUCAUAUAUACAAGGUUGUGCCUAUGGUAAAAAAUUUUGCUCACGGCAUUUCUAAUAACAUAUUUAAAUUUCAUCCAAAUACAGGGUGUCCUUAGAUAAACUGACACAUUUUGCAGGUGAAUAUCUCGAAAACGGGAAAAGAUAACUAGAUGCGGUUUGUUCUGAGAGAAUAAGGAAUUUUUAAAGUGUUUUUUCACAUUAUUGCCGAAUCCUAAAAUUUGCUGAAAUUUGGUUUCACAGACAUGCGAUUUUUUGAAAUAAAAUGACUGCCUUAUUUUUAAUGAAACACCCUGUAUAUUUUGUCAUCGUCAGAAAGCCUGUUUUUUCUACUUUACCAAAAUGUCGAAGAGAACACCAUCGACUAACCAAAAAAAAAAAAUUGAUGAUUAAGUUGUGUUUGAUACUUUUAUUAACUAAUUAGCGCAUAAUUAAUUAAUAAUACAAUUAUUAAACACAAAUAAACUAAUAAUGCAAGUGCAUAUAAAACACAAAUUAAUUAUUAUUAUUUUUUUGGCCAGUCGAUGGUACACUCUUUAACAAAGUGCAAUUUUUACGAUCCAAUUUCGAGAUAAUUGAAAAAAAUUAUACAUUUUUGUAGAAAAGUCACGCUUUCUGACGAUGACAAAAUAUACCAGGUGUUUCAUCAAGAAUAAGGCAGUAUGUAAUUAUUUCAAAAAAUCGAAUGUCCUUAAAACCAAAUUUCAGGAUUUGUCAAUGCCAUGAAAAAAAACUUUGAAAAAUCCUUAUUCUGCCAAAACAAACCGCAUCCCGUUAUCUUUUCUCGUUUUCGAGAUAUUUACCUGCAAAAUGUGUCAGUUUAUCUAAGGACACCCUGUAUAACGGGUAACCAAUUUCUGUUAAAAUAUUGUGGGGUCCUUAUGAGAAUAAAAACGCACAAAAUAUCUGCAAAGGUAACAGUGCUGAGCGGCUGAAAAGCCGAAACGACUCCCCCGAAAUAUACAGGGUAUGUUAGGUUCAUGCAAUGACAUAUUCUUGGUUAAAAACGGAUGAAAAAAUGCGAAAAAUGCCAAAGUAAUGUCACGUAAUGUCGUACUGAAGCUUUCUAAGUUGAAAACUUGUCAAAAAAUGCCAAAAAUACGUAAUUUUUGUUUAUGAAUUAGAUUAAUAUACUAUAAUAAACCUGAUUUUGGAGAUUUUUCUUGUACUAUUGUCACCAACUGGGACAAAAAUAAUUCAUAAUAAUCUAAUAAUCCCAAGUUAACCUAAACCUAAAAUUAUUCAUAGUUUGACAAAUAUCUGACACCUGGAAUCAUAUUAUAAUAGUACAAGAGUCGAUAUGAUGCUGCCCCAGUUACUUUUGGUGACGAUAGUACCUACUACUAUUUUUUUAUCGCAACACUACAAUGAACUGUACCCACAUUCUAAUAAUUUUUGACCAGGUAUAAGGUUUUCCACAGUAAACUACAUGACCUAAAAUACAUUAUGAACAGCCUGAGGUCCUGUAUCUGGUACCUCUGAAACUAAUCAUGGGAUCUUUUUGGACCUACAAGAACUGACUUACGUUCAGGAGGUCGAAAAGCUUAACAUAUUUCAAUUUCAUUACAAUCAUAAUAGUUAUUUAUUAUACAAGGGAAAAAAGUACUAGAUUUUAGCGCGAGGUGUGGUUUGUCAUCUUACUUUUUUCCCAUCUAUAAUACACUAUUUUUUUUCUGUGACAGGAAAAUCUCACCAUUUUCCAUCUAAACAGUAUUCUCUUUGAGAAAAAAAUUUGAUUGGUACCUGUUACUUUUUUCCCGUGGGAAAAAAAAAUCACUUUUUUCCCGUGGGAGAAAAAGUGGCAUUUUUCAGGUACAAAAAGUCUACUUUUUUCCCGUCACAGAAAAAAAUUUAUUUUUUCUCAUAAGAUCAGCGCGCUGUCCUUUCCUAAAAAUCACUUUUCUAAUUCAGGAGGUACUUUUCAGUUGUAGAAGCUCAUUUAAAAAUUUAAUAUGACUUAGAAGAGUCAAAUACCUCUAAUACAGGAAACUAUAAAUAAAAAACCCUGAUAAGGUUACAUACAAAAUGUUAACUAACGAAAACGUUAACUAAUCAAAAUAAAUACAAACAAAUCUCUAUUAUUCUAAUUCAAGUUUUCAUUGUAAGUCCUUCAAGGCGAGUUAAAAUUAUUGCCGUUGGAGAAAAAAAGCCUCCUCUGAUUUUUGGUGAGUAAAUUUUUGCCUCUAUGAUAACGGAAAAUGUGAAUGGAGAAUUUUACAGCGUCUUUGGAUAUUUCAUUCUUUGACAAUUGAAUGCAGAAAAGUACUACUUUCCACACGCAAAUGGAUGCUGUUCGAUCUUCUCGCUUAGUAAACAAAACAAAAAAUUAUAAACCUGACAGUGUUUUCUGUUCUUUUAUUAAUCAUCAACUGAAAAAAUUAGAUGUUAAAAAUCAAACCAACAAAUCAAUUUUUCUGCCAAAAGUUCAUUAACCUAUCAAUUUUGUCUAGAACCGUGCUAUUUUUCAUCUUAAGUAUACUUUUCAUUGGUCUCGUAUGUUUGUUUUUGUAUUUUCUUUUUUUUUUUUUUUUUUGAAAAGUGCGCCCCAUGCCAAUAGCAGCAAAAUUCAACAAUUAUUCUUAAAAAUAUAAUAUAUGAACAGUCUUAAAAUAAGAAAUUUUUCCUUAAGCAGCGGCACAACAGAAAGAGGUUAUUCAAUUCCAGUAUUAAACUUCUGUCCACUGUACCAACUUUUUCAUAUACAUACUGAUAAAUCCAAGAGAGAAAUAAAAAUGGACGCCAUUCUGUACCGUUGCUCUGACACCUAAAAUGUUGUUAUAAUAUAUACAAACACAGCCUAUAAACAACGAUAUCUUAUAUGCCCCUGUAUUAAAUUUUUUUUUGGAAAUUUUUCGAUGAAAUAUUUGUCGAGGGGCCUAAACUAAUAAUUAUAUUUUGCAAUAAUUUUUUUUUUUAGCGUACAAAUACCGUGUGUUAUGUUGUUUAAACUAAUGCGUAAAUUUAGCUUACAGAUUAUAAAUCAAUAAAUUAAUAAUAAGUGAAACAAAUAAUUUUGGAACAAGUUCUAAAACAAAAAUCAACGCCAUAAUAAUAAUAAUAAUAAUAAUAAUAAUAAUAAUAAUAAAAAAUAAAAACACCUUAAAUCCCUAAGUAUAAUAAUAUUUAAAAAAUAAAAUAAAAUGACUACAGCCCUGUAAAAAGACGAAAAAUCUUGUUGAUUAAAUAUAAGUAGUAAAAGGCACGGAGGAAUUAUCGAUAAAAAAAUAAAACAAUGAUUAACUAUUUAAAUUUUUUUUGCCAAACUCAGGCCUCUGAAACUUUAUAGCAUUUAUUUAUUAUUUAAUAACUACACAAGAAGAUUGCAAUAUGUUUUUUUUCCAAAUUGAGUUUCAUAUUAAAUUUUUUGAAAAUAUCAACACAAAACAAAUACACUUACAAUAAUUUAUACAAAAGGACAAAUCAAAUAGGAAUGAAUUUUGCCUAUACUAGUAGGCAAGAAAUUGCUGUUUAGAAUUUACAAUUAUUAUUACAAUUCCCAUAUAAAUAUAAUAAAAAAUAAAUGCUACAGAAAUUCAGUUUCAAUUUCCUUACCAUCUCGAGUAUUAUAUCCAAUCAGUAACCGACAAUAAAUAUUUUCCUAAUCAAUCUCACAUUAAAAAACAGGAAACUCACAAGAACAAUCCUAUUGCAGUAUUAUUUUGAUUCUGUAGAAACAGUAAUAGCCUCACGAGUUUUGUGUUAACACUUAAAAUGAAGUUUCUACAGUAUCACAAGUAUAUCGUUUUUUUUUUUUUUAGAAAAAAUCACUUUAUCAUCAUUAUCAAAACUCCCAACAAACACUGCUCAUUAAACAAAAAAAACAACCAAGCACUAAAAACAAAACAUUGUAUUUAGUACUGAAAUAACCAAUUUAAUUAAUGACCAGUAUUUUGCUUCCUUACAUCGUAACAGGACUCAAUUUUUAACCUCCCUAACUAAAUCUAAAGGUGCCCAAUGAUUUCAUUUAAAAAGAAAUAUGUGGUCGAGCAACAGAACAGCGCACAAGCGUUCAUAUCGCUAGAAGGGCGACGAAAUUUGUGGAAUUUAGAGGAAUUUGUUUAAGGAAAAUAUAAAUUUAGUGAAUCACAUUAUUACAGUUGACGAAAUUUGCUUAAUUUUUGUUCAUAACUAAAAAUACUAUUAUUGUCAUGCUCUUUGAAAUUGUCAUUCCUCUAAAUCCAACAAUACACAGCCUCCCUUAAAAAAAAAAAAAUAAAAAAUUAAUAUAAUAAUGUAAAACCCAACAACUUUUUUUUUUUGUUUACUAUACAAGUAUUAUUAAACCUAUAAAUUCCCAUCUAUACAGCUUAUGUAGUUAAAUGGUAAUAAUAAUAGUCAUUGUCAAAAAAUAAUCUUUAAACAUUAAUAUUAUUAAUUACUUAUUAUUAUUUCAGCCUGUACAAAACGCGCAUACAUACACAGUAAAAUGGCGUAAAGUGUUUCAAAAGAAUAAGCCGCGCGAUUAUAAUUGCGUGACGAGGCCAGGGGGAUGCAUUUUAUUUCUUAAGAAUAAACUUUGCCAUCAUGCAUUGACAGUUUUUACUUAUGAGGCUUGCCCAAUGCAAGCAAACAAUUUAAAAUAAGGAAACAAAAUUUUAUACUAUACAGAGUGUUAUAUCAUAUCAAACAACAACUUUUGAGCAUACUGCGCUCCAUUAUUGGCACUUCAAGUAAAUUAAACUUUUCACCCCCAGCCUUGCCAGUCAAGAGAAAAAAUAUAAACGAUUUUACAAAAUAACCUUUUAAACAUUAGUAUUAAAGAGCUCGACCAAUCACAGACUCACAAAGACCUGACCGACAACGUUGCGCCGCCAACCUCCCCACUCACAACAGUUUCGUUUUUCUGUUGCAUUAAAUUUUUUAUUAUAAUUUAAAUUUCGGCCGGCUCUAGGAACAACACUUAAUAAUUAAUUUCUCGUCGACAGUUUGUAUGAGAGAAAUUCUUUUGUGGGGGAGGGUGAAUAAUAAUCAUAUAUAUAAAUAUAUAAAGAGAGUCUGUUUAUACACUGCUCCCCUUUGCCACGAGUACACGAAAAGCGCCCUUUGGAGCACAAAGAAAAUUAGCCGCUUGACAAUAACAACAGGCAAUUGUAGGCCGCACCUACUAGUGCCAUCUAGGCUACUCAUUAGCUAUAUAUAUCAGCGAAAGAAAAACUAUUAGGGAUAUUUUUAGUUUUGGCUCUAUGCAAUCAAAAAAUUUUAAAUAUCUCCUAAUAAUUAAUCUUCACACUAGCGCGCCUACGUCAAUGUCAAAUAGCCCACUAACAAACGCAUCAUAAUAAAUGUCCGUUUAUGCGUCGAUUACUUGGGAGAGCGCGGCGCAGCGGCGGCAACAAAAUCGCGCAGUUGCGACUGGCGCGCUUCCGGUUUCCGGCGCGUAGGGCGUUCGUGUUGCCCCUGACGGCUGUUCGGAGCAACGUUACGUGCUCCUAAC